GGCUCUUAAGGUUACUGGCCUUCAGUCUCCCCUCGCAACCACAUUUUACUUUGGAUUUGCUUGGUUUUCUUCAUUUAGAUCUUUCCUUCCAAACAAAAGACGAUACGGGAAAAGAAAAGCAACGACAACGAUAAAAAAACAAAAUUAACAACAAAAAGCAAACAAGAAAAAGCGCCCCACUAUCGACCCAUGACCAAAGUCCCCUGGUUUUAGCAGAACGAGCUCGACACAAAGUCGCUUCCAGCCGUGCCUUUUUUUUAUUGCAACAAACAAGUACUUUGCUUGCCCCUCACAAGAGAAAUCGCCGAAUCUCGCAUUACCAACUUCAGACCACGGAAGCCUACCCGACCAACGCCGCAACCACAUCUACCCGAACGGCCCUUUCUUUGUCACAGUCAUCUAUCCAGUCUCCACGAUGAACCCCCAUCAGAAGAACAAGAUCGAUAUCACCUCCCUCUCUCCCGAGGAGCAACGGCUCUUCCGUCUGUACGGCAAGCUCCCCUCCAAGUCGGAUCACUUCGCCAAGCACCUCAAGGAGCGCAAGUACUUUGACAGUGGCGACUACGCCCUCUCCAAGGCCGGCAAGGCCGACUCGGUCGACGCCGGCUCCGUCGGCUCCCAACACCCCGUCCCCGAGAACAUCCCCCACCUCUCGUCGCCCGUCAACGGCGCCGGCUCCAGCGGCCUCAUCCCGAACAUGCAGGCCACCGGCGGCCGCGAGCAGCAGCAGCCCUCGAGGAGUCCCGUCAAGGAGGGCAGCUUCCUGCACCGCGAGACAAGCGCCGACGACGAUGACAACACCAACGACAUCGCCGAGAACAAGGCUGCUGCCGAGGCCGUCGGUGACGCCACCGUUGCGGCUCAUACCAGCGGAAAGACCGAGGAGAUCCCUAUCCGGAGGUAGGGGGGAAGCACCGAUCAUUGGGCGGCUUUUCUUCUUCUUUAUACAGCGGUUACUUGAUGAGGAUGGUAUUUCUUUCUACUGGAUUUUAUCGGGGCUUGAUGAGGGAUGACGAUGUUUACGAAACGAAUACGGCUGCUUUGAUGCUGCAAACCUGCUACCAACGCUUUUCAUGACGAUGGACUUGGUUGCUCUCUAUUUCUUUUUUUGUCUUUUUUUCUCCUUGAUCUCCUCAUUUCGAAAUGCAAAACUCGAGAAUUAUCUCUUUUUUAUUGCGUGUGGAUCUAUCUCUUCCUAUCGAGAUUUCGGAUAGGAAAGGCACAAAACUCUCCAAGGCGUCUGGCUUCUUUUGUUUUUCUUCCUACUUUUGGGAUCGGGAAACUCGAGGGUGAUGCCUUGACAUGUGGACACCUCUGGUUUUGGCGACUCGUACAGAAUGAUAAGCAGCUUUCGCGCUUCUCGCAGUCUAUGGAGCGUACCUGUCACGUUUUAUCAUGGAGGAGCGCUCUUGUGUUAUCAUUUGUCUACCCCUUUCUUGGCGACCGUCAUGCUUCUGAGCUUGAUGUGGCAUAAUUGGACGAAAAGCGUACAAGGCUUGUCAGGUUGUCUUUUGUUCAGGUAUCUUGUUUCUAUAAAAAAAAAGACAAAUUGUCCAUCGCUUUUAUCGUCACCAGGUUGGAGACUGUAAACAUCUCUAGUCAUACCAUCCCCUCAAUCAUCCCCCACAGCUCACGCCAGUUCGAGAGCCUUCUGGGCCAUUGCCAUGGCACCCUCGAAAGUCUUGUUCCCUCCGAUGAAGCCCGCAGCGUGCACAAACACGCAUCCCGGGAUGCCAGUGAUCUUGUCGAGCUCCUCAUCUCUAAAACCCCUCCAGGCCUCGGGCAACGGGAGCCUGCUCUGGAAUGAGUCCUUGGACACGGGCACGCAUUGGAUCCUCCAUUUGGCGUCGGGCGUCGGCUUUUCCGGGUACAGAACGUACAACACCUCACCCGCGCUGGGGUUCUCCUGCUCGAGGGUGUACAGGUGGUCCUUCCACGGGACGGACUGCCCCUUGAAGACGAGGAUACGCCCCUUGCCGGCAGGGUCGUGCUCGGCCCGGUGCGAGAAGGCGUCGGCGACCACUGAGCGGGCCGGCAGCCAUGAGCGCGUGUAGUAGUCCAAGUCGCGGUCGAACUCCUCGCCGAUGCGGGCGCUGGCGGCCUCAAAGCGUUGAUCCUCGGCCGCCUGGGCCUCGGCAGGGUCCUCCGGGAUGGGGUCGUUCCAGUUCGGGUUCAGGCGGCCGACGACAGCGCCGAGAGUGAAGCCGCCAUCCGAGAAGCGCUUCUGCAGCGGCUGGCCGUUACUCGCCGUCGCCAGCACAGCAGGGUCGUAGGCCGAGAUGCCGUUAUCAUGGGCGUCGAGGGCCUCGACAAAGUUCUCGUACAGCUUGGCGUAGAGCAUAUCGACAGUCGCCUCGUUGUCGCAAUCCGGGUCGGCGAGGCGGCGGGCAAUAAUCUGCUUGCCAAAGUGCAUGUAUACAAGACCGGCGCUCGACAGCUUGGUUUGCCUGCCGGGGAAGGUGGUGGAGAAAGUACGCUGGUGGUGAUCGAAGCGCAGCGUCGAAGCGUCGUACUCACCGCCGACGUCGACGACAGUGUGGCAGCGGGCCAGGGUGGCCGGGUCGCGGGUCCGCACAAGCGAGGCACCGGCGUAGGUGGGGAUGUGCUGCCGCAGCAUAUACACAGCAAGGGCCUCGUCGGCGUGGAAGUGGCCAUUGUGUGUGCCGAUGGUGACGGGGCCGUCAGACGAUCCGCCCUCGGUCUUGAGUCGUUUUGCUGCGUUCUCGGCCAUUCUGAAUUGACGUGCGGCCAAACGGCGGAACAUUCAAAAUCAACGGGUUCUUUUGGGUGUGAAGUUGGCAAGGUCAAUGGACUUGUUAUUCACCUGCCCAAGUAGGUAGGUAUGCAAGCUGCCCAGGUCCGAAUCGAGGAUUUUGGGAUGAGAUCGUUUGAUGUCGAUGCUAUAGAAUGUACCGAGGAGUGGCCGUAAUUGGCGGCUUUUAUCAUCACGGGUCGUAAUGAUCAAAGUUGG